CUUUAACCUCAAUUCAAAUCUUUUCCAUUCCAAAGAUAGAAGACUAAGUAAUACAGGUCAUAACCUCUGUUUUUUUUCUUUUCUUCUUCUUUCACCAUUUCAAUCAAUCUUCAUGUAAACUUUUUAGAUCAUUUCCCAAUUCUUGCUCCUGUUAAUUUGUCUCUGUGCUUUGCUUUUAUCUUCGUGAUCGCUUUUGUUUGCUAUCACAACAAUGUCUAAUCGUUCCUUCAAGAAUUUCAUAGAAGAAGAACUUGGAAGUUUCCCACAGUUUUUAAUCUACGCUAUUCUUGAAUGGAUUAUCAUCAUUAUCCUCUUCAUCGACGGUUUCCUCGCUUUCUUCUCUAACCAACUUGCUAAAUUCUUCGACCUCAAAAUCCCUUGUCUUCUCUGCACUAGAAUCGAUCAUGUUCUUGUAAGAAGAAACCCUGAUUUCUAUUACAACGACUCGAUCUGCGAUUCCCACAAGAAGAACGUUUCUUCUCUCGCUUACUGUCAUGUCCACAAGAAACUCUCUGAGAUCAAACGAAUGUGCGAAGGAUGCCUCCUCUCUUUCGCUACCGAGAAAGAAUCAGACGUUGAUACUUACAAAUCUCUUAUUGGAAUCUUACAUAAGGAUCUCGAGCUUCUUAUUGACGAUGAACGUGAGCUUCAUCAGUUGGCGUUUCCGGUUUCGGGUUCGAAGAAAGAUGAAAACUUUAAUCAGAUUCAGCACAGAGCUAACAACAGCAACGACAGGUUUCAGCAACAGCAACGUUGUUCUUGUUGCGGAGAGCUUUUGAAGAUAAAAUCCGAGAAACCAAAGAAUAAUACUGCUCCUAGUCCUUCUCCUAGAGUUUCAUUCAAUCAAAGAACUUUGGAUCUGUCUCACAUGAAAUUGCCUGAGGAGGAAGAUUCUGUUAACAUGAAAGGCGCAUUGGCAGAUUCAGUUGAUGAUAGAACACCGAGUUCUGUAAAAGGAGGAAACAAUAGAUUCUUUGGGAUUCCUCUUUCUGAUUCGGCUCAGAACAGUCCGAGAUGGUCUGUUCGAUCUACGAAGAAGUCAGUGAAUGAUCAGAAUGGUCAGGAGAGCGAAGUGUUGGAUGGAGAUUCGAUACUUCAUCAUUUGAAGAGACAGGUUAGAUUGGAUCGGAAGUCGUUGAUGGAUUUGUAUAUGGAGUUAGACGAAGAGAGGAGUGCUACAGCUGUUGCAGCUAACAACGCGAUGGCUAUGAUCACGAGGCUUCAAGCCGAGAAAGCUGCGGUUCAAAUGGAGGCAUUGCAGUAUCAGAGAAUGAUGGAUGAGCAAGCGGAGUAUGAUCAAGAAGCUUUGCAGUCUAUGAAUGGUUUGUUGGUUAAGAGAGAAGAGGAAAUGAAAGAGCUUGAAGCUGAAAUUGAGGUUUAUAGAUUGAGAUAUGGAUUGCUGAGCGAAGAAGAAGAAGAAGAAGAUGGCAAAGGAGGAGAAGCAGAAGAGUUUCUUGACGAAGAAGGCGAUGAAACCAAAGAAGUCUCGGAUUUGCCUGUUUGUUCUUCAAAUCAUGAAGGAGAUUUGGAACAAACGAAACAUUCAGCUGAGGAGCCUAAAGCCAACAAUGGCGGGAUCAUAAAGGAAGAAAAAAAUAAUGGAAGCAGAAAAGCUUUAUUGAUGAAGGAGAUUUCAGAAAUUACAGAGAGACUAAAUGCAAUUGAAUCAAAAGGUGAAUUGUUGCAACAAAUUUCAGAGGUUUUAGAUGUUAGUGAAGGUGAAGCAAUUCUAUUACAGAUAUCUCAGAAUCUGCAUAUGCUUCGUAGUUUCAUCGAAAUGCCAUCGGAAUCAUGAAAUGUUUUACUUACUUCUUCUGUCAUCAGAAGAAAUCAAAACAGCAUCCUUGUAUCAAAUCUGAAUGUAACUGAUACUGAAAUUUUU